CCAUCACUUUUAAAGCGUUUCCGCGUGAAAAUUUUUUGAAGGAAAUAUUUUCCCCUUACUCUCUGUUUGUUUGGGGUUUUUCCACCAUUUGGUUAAAUAAUGAGUCCUUUUUUCAUUUUGCAGCUGGGGAUCACGUGAACGUUAUCUGGAAAUGUCUUCCACUGGACAUAGGUGUCCUGGGUAUGGGGUUCGUUUCUUAAUUUCAUGCUGUUUUAUCAGAUUGAACCCGGAGGCGAGCGACAAUGCUGCCGCAGUCAAGCUUCUUCUUAAAGUGUUGAAUUUCGGUAAAUAGCCAAAUGUCCUCUAAAUCGUGAUGCAAGCGGGAAAGGAGUUAUGGGUAAUAGUUAAAAUGGCUGCCUCGCGAAUGGACUUAGUGUAGGAUUAAAAUUUUGUACUUUCGCUUCCAUGGAAGAGGAAUUUGUCGUCAAAGAAGGCUGGGUUGUUAAGGAAAGUGGACAAGCUGUCCUUGGUCAGACGAACUGGCGCAAACGAUGGUGUCGGCUUGUAAGAGGUUCGAAUGGAGCCUCUUGGUCAUAUUACAGGUGACUGUUAUUGUUGUUUUCGUGUCUUUUUGUAAUGGACACCUUAAGUCUGUUUGGUUCUUUGUUGUGUAAAUAUCCAUGAAUAUUUAACUCUGUUAAAAGGCUGUACUGAGAAGUCACGACUCACGAAAAGAUCGUAAAAUAUUUAUCAAAGAACGUGCCCGAAGCGAAAAAACAUCCGUGUAGUUGCUGUUACGUAUUUCGUGCGGCGAGGGAAAACUUAAAAUUUAUCAGCUUUUACGGAAGACUCGAGACAUUUUGGCUCGUCUGAAGUUUCAGAUCUGAGCAAUGUUGGUCGAGCGAUUCGAUAGCAAUCGCAUUAGGCUCCAUAAUCAAUAAGCUUAUAUUUAUACAGUGAUAUUCUGUUACCAAACAUCUGGUAGAAUGAUUUAAUUAUACUUGGAGAAAUGAUCUCAAAAGUCUUUUGUUUCAUAGCUUGUCUUGAAACUUUUUCACACAGUAGUUACACUUACGUAUUGCGUUUAUGCAACAGUCUAUAAAUAUAAUCUAAAUGAAACUAAAAUAUUGGCUAAGGCACGCAAAGCACAAAUUCUUAGCAAAAUGAAAGAAUUUUGAUUCACUGAAGGAAGUGUAGUUUUAACCUAUGAACCUUCGACUUUUUGGAAGGCGGUAUCAUCUUGAUGAAAUUGUGCUAAAGAAAUUUAUACCAUGGCUAGCUCAUACUCAGUGUUUUCCUUUUCAGGCAGCUACUGGUAAAAUUUACUGCCUGUAAUAUUCCUUAUAACUGCUUAAAAUUACUUGGAAUUCUUGAAAAUUGCUUCCAGCUGACCUCUUUCUUUACUUUGUGAUUGUUUUCGUUUUUCUAUCCAUGCAGAGGACCCAUAAAGAUAUUUCAAACAUGCUUUUGCAUUUAAUUUUGUCAAAUCAGCAAAUUAUUAUUUUUUUGAGAAGAAAUAAGAAGAAAUACAGGGAUGUGGUUAGUUAUACAAUUUACAAGAAGGUGUGAUGAUCCCUUUAUUAAGAUGAGACAGCAAAAUAUGGAAAAUGUUGGUUUCAUAACUAGUUUUGUUGAUUGAUUAGUACUGGAUAUAUUGAAGAUUGAUCUGGGUAUCUGUUUCUUUUCACAACUGCAGAUACAGCCAGACAACAAUUGUAGAUAUGCUAAAAAAUAUUCAGCUUUUGUAAUUUUUCUUAAAAUGUCUUGUUAUCUUUUUAUCAGUUUUUUCAUCACUCUUCCCUUCAAUUUGCAUAAUUUACCAAAUUUCAUAAAGGUGUAUACAGUUGUUUAUAAAAAAUAAAAAAAAUAAAAAAAAAAAAUUCACAGGUGAUGAAAAUUUGAGAAAUCUUGAAAUAUUGCGAGAGAUUUACCUUUAGAGGACUUCCUGAAGAGAUCUGAAUAAAUCAGUUUUAAGUGUUGUAAGAUCUGUUUUGCUCUGUUGAAUAUCACAAAAUUAGCAUCAUGUCCCAUUUUGCAAACACCUGCUAAAAAAACAGACAAUUUUUUCAAACAAUUAUUUUUUCCUGAUAGUUGUCAACCUCACUUGCAUUGUUACUGUUGGUUGAAUUAAUUUAUGGGGAUAUAAUUGUGGAUAACAUAAAAAAAUGUUUUCAAUAAUAUGCCAUAAUUUAGUGCACCAUUCUGGGUCACAUGCCAGUGAACUAUUUCUGAAAAUAUCCCAAUUUUAGAAAUCCCACUCAUUUUCAGUUUCCCUCUAUACUUUCAUCUUUGGAAACAAAUUUUUUUCAACACCUGUGCCUCUCAAAGAUCUGUUUUGCAAAACUGAUGAAUAAACAAUCACCUAAUAGUGUCAAUGCUCAAAAACUCACUCUGUCAAUACAUUAUAUAUCCAACCUUUUCUCAAAAUUCUCUUCACUGAUUAAGUUCAGUUAAAAUGUGCACUAGUAUCAUUAGAAAUACUGUCAAUAAACACAGUAGUUUUUUCCCUAUUUCUGUCAACUUUUGAUAACUGAAACAUUUUUCAAUUCCCUCAAAAAUGCUAGUUAUGGGGAGUCAACAGUGUAAACAGAAAUAAAAUUGUGGUCUAAUUUGCAGGAAAAUGGAUGAUAUUGCAUUAAACCAACCAGCUGGACGGAUAGAACUUAAUUCCACAUGUAAGAAUAUGUUUUAUAUAAAUUUUAAACUCCCAAACCUAGUGGUUUUUUUUUGCCCAAGAUCUUUUUUUAAUUUUAACUCAUUACCAACCCUUUUAACUCAUUACAUUAUGCAAAUGAAGUGAUUGGACUAUGUAUUAUUUUUUUUUAUGUAUAAUACUACAGAUGCUGCACGUGAACUUGAAGAAGGAGAAAGAAAGAAGAAACCAAACUGCUUUGCUCUUGGUCCAGUGUUUGAUGAUUUUGCCAAGAGAACUUACUACAUUAGCUGUGGUGAGUUUGUUUGUUAACUUUUAAUACUAUUUUAUAGCAAUUCCCCAACAAACAAAUUUGAAACAAAUAAGAGAGUUGUUUAACAUAUUUAGUGUUGGCCUCAUAGAUAUGAGAUAGUAAAUGUUUUAUAUCAGUGUGGCUGUAGCUCUCCCUCAGUUUUGUUAAGAAUGAGGUUUAGAUUUAUUAUUUCAUAAAUAUACGAUUCUGUGCUUUAUAAGUUGUUUCUGUAAACUCUUGGUGAUAUUUGACCUUACUGCCUGAAGAAGACUUGUAGUUUGCUGUCAAAGUGUUACUUUCCCUAUCAGAAGUGGCCUUAUUGUGAGACAAAAAAUAAUGCUUUAUAAAAAUUAAUUGUAUUGAUUUUGGUUGAGGCAUCCAAAAUUGCUUCUCCAUGUAAAGGAAAAGUACAACCUUUGAGGUGAGUAAGAUAAAAAAAAUAUCAAAAUUGGAAAGGAAAGACCCAAAAGGAGUGAUUGUAGUCAGGAGUGGGGCAAGUUCAUGCAAAUUAAAUGCUUAGAUUUGAAAGAUUACAGCUGAAUUUUCCUAAGAUGUUUUAAAAAAUUUGAUGCAAUGCUCUAUUUUUGCACAGAAACUGUGGAUGAUAAGCUAAGUUGGAUGGAAGUACUCAAUGCAGCAACAGAAUCUCUGCAAGCAGAGCCACAAGACAAAUUUGAAAAGAGGAAAAAAAGUGUGCGACAGAGGAUGACAAGACGAGUAUGUAUUUUGGAGAUUAGUGCAAGGGUAACAGUGACUGACACAAAGAGAAACUGAGUUGAAGUCAUCAACAGAAUUAUUGGUUUAAACUUUGGAUUGGAUGAAUUCUGCUCAGGUUUUAUAAACAGAGGUCAAUACCACCCACAACUGUCUUUCUCUGGCCUGUCCUUACCUGAUUAACCCUUUACUCUCUAACAUCAGUAUGCAUAUUCUCCAUAAUACUCCCUAGACAUUUCUUAAGAUUCUGACAAGGAGAAUUUGUUCAACAAUCAAGAGUUUCUUUAGUUGAUGAUCUUCUUCUGUAAUCUCAUGACCUUAAUGUUUGAUUUGUGGGUGAUUUUGUGAGGAGAAAUUAGAUGUUCGUCACUGUUAGGGUUUAAAGAGUUAACAUUAUAAUCUUUACUAUAUGACUUACUUCACAGUCUAGAAAACCAUCUAGCAGGCGGCAAGGAGAAAAUGAUUCCAAGCAAGAAGUUUGUUUGGAUCCUGUUCAGAGAAUGGAGGUAAAUGCAAGCUGAAGACACAAAAAUUUUUGUCAGUAAACAGUAUUUUGGUUUGGAUAGGGAUUUGGAUGGGUUUUGGUAAGCCAGAUUGGAGUUAAGCAGAAUUUGAUGAUUGGGGUUUGUCAAAUUUUGGUUCUCCAGAGUGUUGUUGGUGUGAUUGUGGUUCAACAGAUUGUGGAACUCUGGAUUGAAGCAGCUGGAUUUUUCUUGGCUAGAUCUUGAUCAGCUGGAAUCUAGUUAGCUGAAGUUUGGAUAGCUACAACAGGAUAAUUUAGUAUGGAUUCUGAUUAUCCAGAGUUUUAAAUGAUCCAACCCUUAAAAAGCUACUUGACUGCUGCCCUGCAUAAAUAUAAGUGAGUUAGACUGCCGACCAAAUUGUCAUAGUCCUGUUUAGCAAAAAUGAUUUAGUUUCUUCCAACCAGGACUAUUUUUUGAAACAUUCUUCAUCAUGAGAAUUUGUUUUGUUUAGUUCUGGGCAAGACUCUGUCAAAUCAUUGAGAGUGAGAAUUGGAAGAAGACUGACACCAAGAAUGGAGUAACAGUAUCACGACUAAGCUUUACACAUAAUGACAAGGCUGCUGUAAAGGUAAACAGUCUUGUACCUUGAUAAAGCAAAAGGUGACAAAUGAGCAGUUCCCACCUGCUAUCUUGGGAUGGUAAAGUCAAGAGAGGUUGGGGAGAGUCAUGUGUACUACCCAAUGAUAUUUUGGCAAGUGGUUUUUUGACCAACCUUAAGAUUUACCAUAUUUCUUAUUAUUUUUCAUUAAUUUCACUUCGUAGAUUGAAGGUGUCAUCCCUGUACCUCCAGACAUUGCAUUUGACUACCUUCAGCUUGCAAUGAAAAAGGGAGGCAAGGUGAGAUGCAUGUGAUUUUAAAGUUGCAUUUGUGCUUGUUAGAAAUUGGUGACAGAGCUGACAUAAAAGAUAUAGCUUCAUAGUAAUAUGCCUUACACUGAGGGAAAUACUACCUGUAGUUUUUAACCUUAUCAUUCUCCAAAUCUCUUUAGGAAUUAUCUUUACUGUCUGUUAUACAAUUCUCAUGAUGUUGGUUUCUUUAAGUCUGAAAAACUCUAAGGCUCUGUGCACUUGAAUGAUAAUCUGUCUUUCUAUUUAUCCUUGAGAGGUGGAGACAGUAAUGGACAAGAAAUGAUAGAAGUCCGUUUAAGGGACACUGUUUCUGUACCCCCCGGGAUUUAACCAACUCGAAAAUCAAUCAUCUUGACUAACAUGUAUUUACAAUUCCUUUUUUGUUCCAGCUAGACCAACCUUUUCGAGGAGAAGAAGUGUUACAAAAAGUAGAGGGUAAGUAAAUGUUUCUUCGUCUUUGAACUUUACUGAUGAUAGAAAGAUUGCGCAAGCUGAGAGCAGGUCGGAUCAAUCCUGUGGAAUAAAAUUACGUAAACGUAGUUUUUGCUUUCUAGCAAAGAGUGGAAGGUUAUGACCAGACCUUACACGUAGUAACCCAUUUUUAUUUUCUCUAUAAAGAGCAGUUUGUUAUUGUUGUUUACGGCGUCAUUUGAUUACCACCUUGUCGUUGUGGGAUAAUUUUGGAUAAUUAACAAUCUUGUCGGAGAGCAUGGAAGAAGCCCUUGACAAUUUUCUGUUAUCGUAUCUGCAGAGUCGAUUCCACACGCCAGCAUCGUAUAUAAUAAAUACAGCGUUCCUCUGCCAAGUGCUGCUCCCAGAGAUGUAUGUCUCCAAAGAAUGUGGAUACCAUCGUACUUAACUAGAAAUGGAACAUCAGGUAUUUGUCGAUAAUGGCGGUUUAGCGAAGAAAAAUGAAACAAAUGCAAGGUGUACAUGUUGUUUGUUUGAAAGGUCUACCUAGUCUACGCAACAUUUCAAUACCAUUCUGUCAGAGAAAUUUUUAAUUGAGUAUUAAAAAGUCAAACCGUUUUUGCACUAUGAUUAGUCCUGAAAAAAAUGCACGCCACUCUGGAAACUAAUCACAUGACUGAUUUUCUAGACUUUUCCCGCGCUCCAGGCAGUUUGCGUGUUCUUGCGUCGAGUUCAUGUGAUAUUUUCCUUUCUCCUGAUUGGUCGUUGUGAUUACUUUGGCUGUGGUUUCGCGACACUCAAUCGAAAUGCACUCCAACCACUGCAAUCUGAGCGAUAUUAUCGAAUAAUGCCACUAUUGCGAGUUCACGCCAAAGCUUUGACGCAAAUAUGUUGCAUACGUUGUGCACUCGAACGAUGUAGAGGCCUAGAUAAGGGAGAGGGUGGUCACUUCUUUUAUCGAAAAAGUGGUCAUUCUUGAAUUUAAGAAAACUAGGCGUCCCCCCCCCUCCAACACCAGGAUGAUGCUGGUGUAGGACUCUUCCCACCCUAACAGGGGAAUGUUGACUACGCCCCCUCUUGCGAUUGGUGAAAUGGGUUGGGUGUCACAAUCCACAUAUUACAACAUGAUAAAUACCAUAAACAUAGAAAAAGAUAAAAAUUUACAAUGUGUCAAAUUUUUUUAAUAUUGUAGGAAUGGUGUUAUGGUCAACGUAUCAUUCCCACAUUCCACAAGUUCAGGUUAGUCUCUCAGCAGAGCUUGGUUUUUAGCAAAAUUUAAACACAUCAACUUUCCAAAAGACCAAAACAUUAGUGUGUGCAACAAUGUUUUUUUUACGAUCACAAACCAAAUCAAACCCUAAGACGCGCGCGCCAGGAUAGUAGUGUUCUUCUUCACAGAAAGUUGUUUGGUUCAGGCCAUAUUCUUGGUGACCUUCGAGUGUUAUUUGGCAGUCUAUUAAUCAGUUUUACGGCUUAUCUUGUGGCUUGGAGUUGCAAUUUCCUGCCCGCUUCGUUUAACAAACACGCCGUCGAAUAUAUCUUUUUAAAUCAGACGGGAAGUUGUUUUUGAAGGGCGACAGAGCAGCUUGAACCGUCGCCAAAAUAAAUCAAAUGUUGUCACUAAAAAAAAAAAAAGAGGGCGUAAGAGGGUACACCAUCUUUUACAAUUUUCUCCAACUUAGCUUGAAAUCUUCUAGCACUUCUAUUGCGAUUGUUUCGUUUGAAGAAGUUUCAUAUAAGUGUAGUUACUACGUUUUAAAUUGCUGGGGGUUCUAAGUAAGUAAAUAAACGUCGCGGUAGUCCAUCAAUGCAAGGAAUUGUUGAAGAAUUCGUUAAUAGGAUUUAUAUAUGAUUACGUGAUAAUGGAUCAACUUACUUUUUUAAUUUACGGUGUGAGGACGAGCUGAUAAUUUGACAACGCGCUAAUAUGUCUCUUUCUGGGUAGGGGUUCACAAGAGUGCUUGCAGACCUGUCUGGAUUUGUCUUAUCACCUCACACUUCAUCAGGUACAAAAAUAUAUCAUCGGUGAAUGAACUAUCCCUGUUUUGUUAAUAGCUUCCUUGUUGCGUUUAGACAGUGAGGGAUCUUAGGCUUUCCCUCAGUUGUUAGAUGCAUUGUAGGAUACACGCCCACACAAGAUUCACUGUGAAUUUAGGGAGGAGCAAUUGGCAUUCUUGUCUGUUCUGGGCAUAGGUUAUGCGUUCCGUGAGCUCGAACCUUUCAUAACCGCAAAAUAAAUGGAUUACUCUAGCUAUAAUUAAAAAUAAACCCGCGGAUUUUUAAAUGAAGUUAUUAUCUUAAGCGGAAACACAAGCUGCCACUCGUAAAUUGAUUCUUGUAUAUAAUCAUCAGAUCAUCGUUUCUAAAGUCCUUGUGUAAAUAAACUCUCAUUCAGGAUAGACACACGCCACGUCCAUAGCUCGCCAACAACGGAACAUUUGUCAGAUGAAAGACAUCCUAAGAGCAGUUCAAGCUUGUAAAUGAAUGUCGUAAACUUACACCCUUCCGUCUAGUACACGCCUAUCGUCGCACUAAAAUUUCCAUGUUGUUUGCUGUCGGGUGGGAAACGUUUGUAAAAAUCCUUUCCCUCCCCUCCCCCCUUCCUCUCAACCUUCCCGUGCUCACCCCCGUGCCCACCUUCCCGGUGAGAUUCAGAGAUUGCCUGUUUUCAUUCAUGGCUUUCAACAGCUCCAUGUGAUACCUCCUUGAUUCUGAUUAGCCCUAACUUCUUUGCUUUGGUUUUACGACGCUUAAUCGAAAUGUGUUAUAAUAUAUUACAAUAUUCUGCAAAGCUAGAAACAUAUCAAGGAGCUUGAGGUAUUGAACGUUAACUGAAAUGAACAAAGGGGAUAACUUUCUAAAGAAACUGUGGUGCUUCGUCGGUGGGGUAUUACGAGAUGAUUUUGCUUUAUCAACUGAGUCGAAAGAGACGGUUUCCUUGUUUGUUCCAGAUUCUUCAGUUCACACAAAUGCAGCAAUACUGAUUCAAAUUGACGUCCGAGACUCGUUGCAGACGAUGCUGGAGGGUAGCUACAAAUCAGGUAAAUACUGACGAUAUCUCAAUUCAUGGACGCCACACCUCAGUUAUGGUUUUGAUUUAUUGAACCAAAACUGUGCAACCCUCUUCUCCUUGGUUGAGACACCUUAUUGAUUGUACUUUUCGUAUUUUUCUAGGUCUGUUGAAGGUUGGUUUAAGAACUGCUUUCGCUCACAUCAGUAACCUGGUGGAACAAUACUACAAAUGCGUUCAAGGAUAACCAUGUGAAAGACGCCGAGUUCAAAUUAAAAUUAGGGGUUCUCAAGAUAUCGAAGUUUAACCCUUUAACUCCCAUGAGUGACCAAGACAGAAUUUCUCCUUACAAUAUCAAUACAAUAUCGAGCAGACAAGUGAUGAGAAUAAAGAAAAAUCUUAAUUAGGGGAUUAUUAGUUGAUCCAAUGCCAAAUUCUCCAAACUAACAUCAGAAGAACUGUACAGCAGACAGUAAGGAGAAUUACAAAUGACAUAUUGGGAGUUAAAGGGUUAGUAUCCAAGUAGAGUAAAGGGUCUGUAUUACUUGUAUAGAUAAUAUAAACAAACAAGAAAGUGCAUGUUAUUUAAUAAGUAAUAUAUAA